AUGCCUAAGAACAAGGGUAAAGGAGGAAAGAACCGUCGUAGAGGAAAGAAUGAGAACGACUCUAUUAAGAGAGAGUUGACUCUCAAGGAGGAAGGACAAGAGUAUGCCCAAGUCACAAAGAUGCUGGGUAACGGAAGGUUGGAUGCUAGUUGUUUCGAUGGCGUCCGCCGCUUGGCCCAUAUCCGUGGUAAGAUGAGAAAGAAGGUCUGGGUUGCUCAAGGAGAUAUCAUUUUAAUUUCUUUAAGAGAUUUCCAAGAUGACCAAGCUGAUGUGAUCUUGAAGUACCACCCCGAUGAGGCUCGUGCCUUGAAGGCCCAAGGUGAGCUACCUGAAAGUGCACGUAUCAACGAAGCCGACAGAUUCGGCCAAGGUUCUGAUGAAGAAUGUAACUUUGAAUUCGAUAAUGAUGACGAUGAUGACGAAGAAGAUGAGGAAGAUGGCCAGCUUGAUAUCGAUGAUAUCUAA